UUUUGUUUUUUUCUUGAAGCCCCAUUUUCUCCUUUUUUAUUUUUUUCUUUUAUGGUUUUUCUAUAAAGGCCUACUUUGUGUGCACGACGACAAAUACAGUACGAGGCUUUUUUCUUUCCUGUAAAGGAAGCAUCUUGGCUAGGAAGGAAGCAACAUGAGUCGAAGUUCUGGUGAUCAUGGCUUUGUAGACAUCAUAUUUUCGUGGUCUCUUGAAGACAUUUUCAAUGAAGAUCUGUACAAGGACAAGGUCGAACCUAUUGAUCUAUCGUUCAAGUCUGUUCGGCAUUAUUUUGGGUCCUAUGUGUACCCCUUAUUGGAAGAAACUCGAGCACAGUUGUGCUCAAGUAUGGAAAUCUUAUCCAGUGCACCUUAUGCUGAAGUAAUUUCUCUUGAGGAGACCUACUCAAAUGGUAAAACACUCUACAAUGUUAAAACUGACAGUUGGAAAAACAGGUUCUCUGGUCAUGGAAAAGAGCUGUACAAAACAUUGUUUGGAGAUCUUUUUAUUUUGGCUGAUUUUAAACCUGAAACUGUGGAAGAUUUACAAAGGGUGGGAAGGACAUGGACUCUUGUAUUAUCAGCUGGGGUUGCAGAAGAGGAGAAUGAGAAUGACAACACUGAUAUUAUGUCUACUUUUAAAGUUGCUGCAUCUAAAAACAUUGAUGUCAAUGAAGAAGGGCAAAAGUCUUUGUUUAUAGUAUUUUUGACUAAUAUAAUCCCUGAUAGAAGAAUAUGGAGUGCACUGCACAUGCCAGGAAAUUCAAUGCUAAUCAAGAAAAUUUUAUGUGCUGGUGGUGUGGUUGAGGAAAGUUGUGAGUACUUCUCUCUACAGCCAGAUUAUGUAAAAGAUGACAGAACGUAUCAAAGGUUAUCAUCAGAGUUGAAUGGGUCUCAGUAUGAGGCAAUUUGGGCAUGCCUUUCUUCCAUUCAGUGUUGUCAUAAGUCUACUGUGGAUCUCAUUUGGGGUCCACCAGGAACAGGAAAAACCAAAACUCUGGGCACACUGCUUUAUGCUCUUCUGAAGAUGAACCAUAGGACUCUUGUUUGUGCCCCAACAAAUGUUGCCGUUAAAGAAGUGGCCUCACGUGUCUUGAGCAUGGUGAGAGAAUCAUUUGAUAGAAAUUCCGAGGCUUUGUUCUGUGCAUUAGGAGACAUGGUAUUAUUUGGGAAUCAUGAGCGGCUCAAAGUUGGUGCAGAUAUUGAAGACAUAUAUUUGGACUAUCGUGUCAAGCAGCUCAUGAUGUGCUUCGCACCACUUACUGGCUGGAGAUGUUGUUUUUCUUCGAUGAUUGAUCUUCUUGAAAAUUGUGUUUCCCAUUAUCAUAUAUUCAUUGAAAAUGAGUUGAGAAAGGAUCAAGAACAGGUUAGCGAUAAUAAUAUUAACAAGACAAAAGACAAUAGCACUUCACAUUGUAGUGAGACAGAGAAGGUGCACAAAACUUUUCUUGAGUUUGUGAGAGAAAGAUUUCUUUCUGUAGCAGUGCAACUCAGAGACUGUAUUUCUGUCUUGUGUACUCAUGUUGCUAGAAGUUACAUUUUGGACCAUAACUUUGAAGAUUUGGUUUGCCUUAUUCACAAAGUUAGUUCCUUUGAAGCUUUGCUGUUUCAAAGUAAUAUUGUUUCUGAAGUACUGGAAAAGCUUUUUUCUCCUCCAGAACAUCUACAUAAUUCUUGUGAGUCAUCUGUGGGUGUUGAAUACUUAUUGUACAAGAGCAGAACUGAUUGCUUGUCUUCUUUAAGAACCCUUAAAGGUUCACUUGAUGAACUCAGCCUGCCAAAUUCUAUGAACAAAGAAUCAAUUAGAGAGUUCUGUUUACAAACAUCCUCAUUAAUAUUUUCCACUGCUUCUAGUUCUUUUAAGCUGCAUUCUGUUGUCAUGGAGCCAUUAAAAGUAUUGGUGAUUGAUGAAGCUGCACAGUUGAAGGAAUGUGAAUCAAUCAUACCUCUACUACUUCCAAACGUAGAGCAUGCUGUUCUUGUGGGAGAUGAAUGCCAGCUACCAGCAAUGGUUGCAAGUAAUGUUUCUCAUAAAGUUGGUUUUGGAAGAAGCUUAUUUGCAAGGCUAAGCUCGUUGGGUCAUCCAAAUCAUUUUCUCAACAUACAGUACAGGAUGCAUCCAGCAAUAAGUUCAUUUCCAAAUUCACACUUCUAUUUUAACCAAAUUCUUGAUGCUCCAAAUGUUGUGAGAAAGAACUACAGAAAACAAUAUCUUCCAGGGCCAAUGUUUGGGCCCUAUUCCUUUAUAAAUGUAGUUGGUGGCAUUGAAGAGUUUGAUGAUGCUGGACGAAGCCGGAAAAAUAUGGUUGAAGUAGCAAUUGUGAUGAAAAUAAUUAAAAAUUGUUUUAAAGCAUGGUGUGACUCCAAGGAGAACCUCAGUAUAGGUGUAGUGUCUCCAUAUGCUGCCCAAGUUGUUGCAAUUCAGGAUUUACUUGGACAGCGGUAUGAUACACACGAUGGAUUUGAUGUGAAGGUGAAAACAAUUGAUGGUUUCCAGGGUGGAGAGCGGGACAUUAUUAUAUUAUCAACUGUACGAACCAAUCACAGUACUUCACUUCAAUUCAUCUCCAAUCACCAGAGGACUAAUGUUGCUCUUACAAGAGCUAGGUACUGUUUGUGGGUUUUGGGAAAUGAAAGGACCCUAACAAAUGAGGAAAAUGUUUGGAAAUCUUUGGUGCUUGAUGCUAAAAAGCGUCAAUGUUUCUUUAAUGCUGAUGAAGACAAGGAAUUGGCAAAAAGCAUCUGGGAUACCAAGAAAGAGUUGGAUCAGUUAGAUGAUUUGCUUAAUCCAGAUAGCUUCCUUUUCAAAAAAUCCAGGUGGAAGGUUCUUUUCAGUGAUAAUUUCCUUAAAUCAUUUAAGAAACUGCGAUCAAAGCAGACUAAAAAGUUAGUUCUUGACCUCUUGCUAAAACUCUCCACUGGUUGGAGACCUAAAAGGAUGAAAGUGGACUUACUUUGUGGAAAUUCAUCACAGAUAUUAAAGCAGUUCAAAGUUGAAAGUCUCUUUGUUGUCUGUUCAACAGAUAUAGUAAAAGAAUCAACGUAUACUCAAGUUUUAAAGAUAUGGGAUAUAAUGCCUCUGGAGGAUGUCCCAAAAUUAGUGAAGCGUCUUGAUAAUAUAUUUGGGAGCUACACCGACGAAUUUAUAAGUUGCUGCAGUGAGAAAUGCUUAGAGGGGAAUAUGGUGGUCCCAAUAAGUUGGGAAAGAUCAACAGAGAUCACUAAAUUUAAGACUCUUGAUAAUAAUGGAAAUGAAGCUGAAUUAAGUGGUUGUGAUCAAAGAAUUUAUGUGGAGAACUCAAAGGUUGAGGAGAGUUUGUUAUUGAUGAAAUUCUACUCCUUAUCAUCAGUUGUAAUUAGUCACUUGCUUUCUGAUCGUAUCAGUGAUGAAUUUGAUCUUCCGUUUGAAGUAUCAGAUGAAGAAUAUGACAUAAUCCUCUUUCCUAAAAGUACAUUUGUAUUGGGUCGCUCUGGUACUGGAAAAACCACUGUUUUGACUGUGAAGUUAUUUCAAAAGGAGUACAAGCAUCACAUGGCUGUUGAAGAAACGUAUGGAAUUAACAGUGCUGCAGUUCCUUGUUUGAAUCAUGAUAAAGAGUAUAAAAAGAGUUCUACUACGAAUGAUAGGCCUGUCUUGCACCAGCUAUUUGUUACAGUCAGUCCUAAACUAUGUCAGGCAGUAAAACAUCAUGUUGUGCGAUUGAAAAGAUUCGUAUGUGGUGGCAAUAUUGCUGCUGAAAGCAAUUCUAUUGAGGAAGAUAUUGUUGAUGUUGAUACAUCAAUACAGUUUAAGAAUACACCAGACUCUUUUAUGAAUCUUCCUAUCGACUCAUAUCCCCUUGUGAUAACAUUUCAGAAGUUUCUAAUGAUGCUUGAUGGGACUGUGGGGAUUUCCUAUUUUGAGAGAUUCAGUGACUUAUCUUCUGAUGGUAAGAACCUCAGUGCAAGGUCUGUUGCUUUGGAAACAUUCAUCAGAAAGAAAGAGGUGACUUAUGGCAGGUUUGAUUCAUUGUAUUGGCCCCAUUUUAAUUAUCAGUACACUAAGAAGCUUGAUUCCUCUAGAGUGUUCACUGAAAUCAUAUCCCAUAUAAAAGGGGGUAUGCAAGCGGUGGAAUCUAGUGAUGGUAAGCUAAGCCGUGAGGAAUAUCUUUCAUUAUCUGAAAAUCGAGCAUCAAGUCUUAUCAGGCAGAAAAGAGAGAUCAUAUAUGAUAUUUAUCAAAGUUAUGAGAAAAUGAAGAAUGAUAAAGGGGAUUUUGAUUUGGCGGACAUUGUGAUUGAUCUUCACCGUCGUCUCAGAAUAAACAAAUAUGAGGGUGAUGAGAUGCACUUUGUGUACAUUGAUGAGGUGCAAGAUUUAACCAUGAAUCAAAUUGCUUUGUUCAAAUAUGUGUGCCAAAAUGUAGAAGAAGGUUUUGUGUUUUGUGGGGACACUGCUCAAACAAUAGCAAGGGGAAUUGAUUUUAGGUUCCAAGAUAUAAAAUCUCUCUUUUACAAGAGAUUUGUGCUAGAAUCAAAGGGCAACACACACAAUCAAGGAAAAGUGAAAGGGAAAAUUUCAGAAACUUUUUUAUUGAGUCAGAACUUUCGCACUCAUGCUGGAGUGCUGAAACUAUCCCAGAGCACCAUUGAACUUCUUUUUCGUUUUUUCCCUCAUUCUAUUGAUGUUUUGAAGCCUGAGACCAGUUUGAUAUAUGGGGAAGGUCCAGUGGUUCUUGAAUGUGGAAGUAGGAAAAAUGCAAUUGUAACUAUUUUUGGCAACAGUGGACAUGUGGCUGGAAAAAUUGUUGGCUUUGGUGCUGAGCAAGUAAUUUUGGUACGAGAUGAUUCUGCUCGUAAGGAAGUUUUAGACUAUGUGGAGAAGCAGGCUCUUGUUUUAACCAUUUUAGAGUGCAAAGGCCUUGAGUUUCAGGAUGUAUUGCUGUACAACUUUUUUGGCUCUUCACCUUUGAAAAAUCGAUGGAGAGUGAUAUAUGAGUAUAUGAAGGAACAAGAAAUGUUGGAACCUACAGAACUUAAGUCGUAUCCAAAUUUCAGUGAUUCCAAACACAAUCUCUUGUGCUCUGAACUUAAGCAGUUAUAUGUGGCUAUAACUCGUACAAGACAAAGAUUGUGGAUAUGUGAGAAUACAGAAGUGUACUCUAGACCUAUGUUUGAUUAUUGGAGAAAGAAAGGUCUUGUGCAAUUUAAAGAACUGGAUGAUUCACUUGCUCAAGCAAUGAAAGUUGCAAGUAGUCCUGAAGAAUGGAGGUCUCGUGGCAAAAAGCUAUACUAUCAAAAUAACUAUGAGAUGGCAACGAUGUGUUUUGAAAGAGCAGGAGACUCUUACUGGGAGAGAAAGUCUAAGGCUUCUGGUCUUAGGGCAAAUGCAAACCGUUUGCGUGAUUUGAAUCCUGAGGAUUCAAAUGCAAUGCUUAGGGAAGCUGCUGAAAUUUUUGAAGGCAUAGGAAUGGCUGAAUCUGCUGCCCAGUGUUUUUCUGAUUUAGGGGAUUAUGAAAGAGCUGGGAAGCUCUAUUUGGAGAAAUGUGAAGAGCCUGAUUUGAAAAGAGCAGGGGAUUGCUUUUAUUUAGCUGGAUGUUAUGAAACUGCAGCUCGAGUGUAUGCUGGAGGCAGUUUCUUCUCAGAUUGUUUGAAUGUUUGUGCAAAAGGAGGGUUGUUUGAUAUUGGCUUAUAUUACAUUCAACACUGGGAAAAAAAUGAAAAUGCUGAUCAUUGUAUGGUAGACAGUCAUGAACUAUUCACAAUAGAACAAAAAUUUCUGGAAAAUUGUGCUCGGAAUUAUUUGGAUCGUAAAGAUACCAGAUCCAUGAUGAAAUUUGUUAAAGCUUUUCACUCAAUGGAUUUGAAGCGUGAGUUCUUAAGAUCAUUAAGUUUACUUGAUGAGCUUCUUGUGUUAGAAGAGGAGUCAGGGAACUUUAUGGAAGCUGCAAACAUUGCUAAGAUGAUGGGUGAUGUUCUACAUGAGGUUGAUCUACUGGGAAAAGCUAGUAAAUUCAUGGAAGCUUGUGAACUUAUGCUUUUGUAUGUACUUGGGAAUUCUCUUUGGUCUGCAGGAAGCAAAGGGUGGCCCAUAAAGCCAUUUGCACAAAAAGUUGAGCUCUUGAAUAGAGCAUUAUCUUUUGCAAAGGAAGAGUUGAGCAGCUUUUAUGUGAUUGCAUCUACCGAAGCUGAAAUAUUAUCAAAUGAGCAUAGUAACACUUUUGAGAUACUGAAUCAUUUGAAAUCAUCUCGCACAUAUGGGAGUAUUAGAGGUGAAAUAAUAUGUUUGUGGAAGCUUUUGGAUGCUCAUUUUCAGCUGAACUCCUCCAAGUUUGUCUGGCUAGACAAUUUGUUAGAUGAUUCUGUGGAAGGAAUGUUAUUGGAGAAUCAAUUUUCUGUGGAGUCAUUGUUUCAUUGUUGGACGUGUUGGAAAGAUAACAUUGUCUGUGUAGUGGAAUCUCUUCCAAGUCUCAAAUCACAAGAUAUUCAUCAUCACAGCAGUUAUGGAAAGUUUGCAUUGAAUUAUUUGGGUGUUCGGAAGCAAACGUCUAAUCUAAAUGACAUUUACAUUUUGCUCAUCCCUGAAGCUAACUGGGUGAUGAAACUGGGUGAUAGAUUUCUAAAGAAGAAUGGAAGGCUAGUUUCUGUUGAUGUUCAAGAUUUAGUUUCUGCUGCUGAGAGCUAUUGGUCUUCACAAUUGGUUUCAGUUGGCAUGAAAGUCCUGCACAUCCUUGAUGCACUCUACAAAUUUUCUGCUAGUAAAGCUCUUUCUGAAUUUUGUCAAUUCAGGUCCUUAUUUCUGAUCUAUGAUGUUUUCAAAUUUCUCCUCAAAUCUAAAUGUUUUAACCUCAACCAUGGUAACUUAAAAACAUUGGAGAAAUUUAGCAGAACUCCAAUUGACCGUUCAUUGUGCUAUUUAGUUCCUCUUGACUGGAGUAAAUCACUGAUAAAAGAUAUGGUUUAUCUUAGAACAACAGAAACUUGUCAGGAUUUGGUUAAAGAUGUGAUCUAUGAAAACAUUAAUCGGAAAGAUAUGCUGACUUAUGGUCAAAUUGGAAAUGUGGUAGUCAUGAUUCUUGGUACAGCUAAUCUAAAAAGUGAACUGUUUGUGAAAAUUUUGGCAAGAUUUAAAGAGAAUCCACUCUGGCAAGAGUUCAUUCAGAGCUUGCAUUUAAAUUCAGCUCAGAAAAAUUCACAUGUUGAUGAAGCAGUAGAGAAUUUUUAUAAAGCUUUGCAGUACACUUACAGUGUGAAUUGGACAAGGGAAAUUGACUAUAUAUCUCCCAGUUGUUUUAUGUACCUCCUUGACCGCCUUCUGCUCUUAACAUCACACGGGAAGUGGAAGGGGUUCAUUUUUGCUACAAAAUCAUCGUUUGUUGAAUGGCUUAUUCACCAGGAUGAAAAUUCCUUUCCAAAUUUGAGUGUAAUGGCUGAUGUACAAUCAGGUGGAGAGCAUAUCCAUAGGUUCAUUUUUUCUGUCCUCCGUGAGCUUCUUAAUGAUCAAAAUGGUACCAUAAGUUGGAUUAGAAAAUCAAAUCUCAAUGUGAAAAAUUAUUUUCCGUUGUUUCUUCUGAGAUUGAUUGUUUCGUUAUGUUUGCUUCAUUUGAGCUCUGGAAAGUAUUUAGAGUUACUUCACAAUUUGUUGAAGAAGAACCAUGUGUUGUCUCAACUGCCACUGGAAUUUCGUAAUGUUCUUCAGAAAGGAAGGAAUCAUCUGGUUUUGAAAGUCUUUGCUGAGGCAUUUAAACUGAUUGGCAAUCCCUUGGUAGUUGCCAGGUUUCAUAACACUUCUUCAGAAAUUUUGUGUCCAGAUGCUGUGUUUGUGGAUUUAACAAUAUGCCAAAGAAAGUUCAUAUUAGAAGUAUUGUUUCCAAAUAGAGUUGACAGUGUGGAUGAGGAAACUGCAGCAGUAUUAGAAGCUUCUGACUCAACGUCUAAGGAGUUUUCUUCAACAAACUGUUCCAGUUUUCCAAAUAAAAGCUCUCCUAUUGUUACUGCUCAGACAUCAGAUAGGGAGAUUAUUGGCAUGUCUACCAAUGCUGACUCUUUCUGGGCUACGAUGAAUAAUUUAUGGUUUGCAAUUGAUCAUAAGGUGCUACCCAAUUCCACAAUCACAAAGGAACUUUUGAAUAUUUGGAUUGAUGGUUUGAGUCAUGGAAUGCAUGGAAGCUUGUCAGAAAACCCUGUUAACCUUGAUGACAAAAAUGAAGUGGAGGAGGUGGUGAACUUGCUUGAUGAAAUGAAGCAACUUUUUUCUGCAUUGGCUAUGAGUGGUGAUGGAGCGAUUGAGAAUCACGCUCAAAUUGGGGAACUAUGUCAGAGAAUUCUUUCAAGACGACCAAAAGUAGGGCACGUCAUGAAUAAGCUGUAUUUGCUGUCCAUGGAGAAUAGCAAUGUUGGGAAUGAGUCAUCACAAGCCAAAACUGCAGCAGCCAAUGAUGAGCAUGGGCAAAAUGCUUUAGAGGAAUCAAAAGAUAACUUGUCCAAGAAUUCCGAAGGUGCCACCAACUCAGGACAUGGAAACAUCAAGGAAAAUACCAAGGGGAAGAAAAACAAAAAAAAGAAAGGCAAGGGUGGGAGAAGGGGUAAGAAGUGAAAAUGUACUUAUGACUGGUUGUUUGUAUAUUCAGAUAUAUAGGAAUAUGUGUUCAAACUUUAAACUGUCUGGUUGGUCUAUCUUUGCUAUAUUUUCUUUGCUGUGGACCUGAUUUUGGACUUUUAAUCUUGAUCAUCUAUGAAAAGUUCUUUAUAAAUUUAA